AUAUUUUUUAAAUCAAUUCGAAAAACACACCCAAUUUUUAAAAUCAUUAACAACUCAUUAAUUGACUUACCUAGCCCAUCUAAUAUUUCUUCUUGAUGAAAUAUAGGAUCCCUACUAGCUUUAUGUCUAAUAAUUCAAAUUAUUACUGGAUUAUUUUUAACAAUAUAUUACACAGCAAAUAUUGAAAUAGCUUUUUAUAGAGUAAAUUAUAUUUGCCGAAAUGUAAACUAUGGUUGAAUAAUUCGAACAUUACAUGCUAAUGGAGCUUCAUUUUUUUUUAUUUGCAUUUAUUUACAUAUCGGACGAGGAAUUUACUAUGAAUCUUUUAACUUAAAAUAUGUAUGAUUAAUUGGAAUUAUAAUUUUAUUUAUACUAAUAGCAACUGCUUUCAUAGGUUAUGUCUUACCCUGAGGUCAAAUAUCUUUUUGGGGGGCAACCGUAAUUACAAAUCUAUUAUCUGCAAUCCCUUAUUUAGGAACUAUAUUAGUAAAUUGAAUUUGAGGGGGAUUUGCUGUAGAUAAUGCUACAUUAACCCGAUUUUACACAUUUCAUUUUUUAUUACCGUUCAUUAUUUUAAUAUUAACAAUAAUCCAUUUAUUAUUUUUACACCAAACAGGAUCUAAUAACCCUUUAGGAUUAAAUAGAAACUUAGAUAAAAUUCCAUUUCAUCCAUUUUUUACUUUUAAAGAUUUAAUUGGAUUUAUUAUUUUAAUUAAAAUAUUAACUUUAUUAACCUUAAUUAAUCCUUAUUUAUUAGGUGAUCCAGAUAAUUUCACACCAGCAAAUCCAUUAGUAACACCAGUUCAUAUUCAACCCGAAUGAUAUUUUUUAUUUGCUUAUGCAAUUCUUCGAUCAAUCCCAAAUAAAUUAGGAGGAGUAAUUGCCUUAAUUAUAUCAAUUAUAAUUUUAAUUAUCUUACCAUUUACAUUUAAAAAAAAAAUUCAAGGAAUUCAAUUUUAUCCAAUUAAUCAAAUUAUUUUUUGAAUAUUCUUAGUAAUUAUAAUUUUAUUAACAUGAAUCGGAGCCCGACCUGUAGAAAAUCCAUAUAUUAUUACAGGACAAUUAUUAACAAUUAUAUAUUUUUUAUAUUUUUUUUUAAAUCCAAUUAUCGGAAUAUACUGAGAUAAAAUUUUAUUUAAUAAAAAAAAAUAA